UCUCCUCCUCCGCUUUGUUUUAUUCCUGUCAAGCUCUGCGUUACUUUAGCAAAAGACAGGGCGUCUUUUAAUAUGUCUUUAUUCACUAUUGAUUCGGCUUUCUCUCUCGCUGGACCUACAAUUUAUCUUCUAGGAGCUCCUGGGGAUUGGGAGAAGACAGGAGUGAUUUUUUUGUAGGAUGUGUAUAAAGCCUGUUCCACACCAGCAUAAAAGGAAGUGAAAGUGUGGUGAAGUGAGUAGUAAAUCUGAGAAUUAGAAGGGCUAGGGUUCAAGUGUUUCCUCUGAUAUUGGCUGUGUAACUCCGUGGAAAGUACUUAACUUGUCAGUAUAUCAGGCAACUCUCAAGACAAUAAAUUGAAGAAAAAUUGCCUGCUUUGAUAAGGGAAAAGUUUUCAUAGUGGAAUUUCUUAUGAAAUUACUGGCCUAUCAUCCUCUUCCUCCUCGGGAGUUCAAUAAUCAAGGAAUCUAUUUACACUGUUGGAAUGAAAGUUUUGGAUUUGUAAGAUUUUAUUAUAUACGAAUAAUUUUCCCUAUUUUUUUAUGUUGUUUAGGUCAUUAGUUGUGUUCAACUCUUGGUGACCUCAUUUGAAGUUUUCUUGGCAAAGACACGUUUGCCAUUCCUUCUCUAGUUCAUUUUACAGAUGAGGAACUGAGGCAAACAGGUUAAGGGAUGUAAUAUAUCUUCUAGAGGAGAUGGCAAUAAUUUUAAGGUCCUCUGACCUUAGGAUGAAGGGGGAGUGAAACUGUGUUCCCUUUAAAAUUAUCACUCUGAAAUUGUGUCCCCUUUUGAUCUGGGAGAGCAGCAUCUCCCAGGCUCCAAAGAGUCUAGAGAGGGCCCAUCCUUCCAGGUUGAGAAAAGGAACAUUAUUCAAGAGCAAGCCAGGUCUCUUUUCAAAUUCAGACUGAGGAAGCCUUCAAAGCAAUUUCAUUUGGGAGGUCCUGAUCUGAUCAGGUUGCCGAAGCUUCCUUCCUCCCCCUAAGAGCUGUACAUAAAAUAGGUUUUCUUUUACUCAUUUCUUUGCAGAAGGUCCAAAGGAGGACCCUGCCCUCUGAGAAGGCAUUCUCUUCUCAAUGCCAGCCUCCAUUUCCCUAAUAGGACUUCACCACUAAAGAAGUCAGUCUCUUAGCAAAGGUAGCUUCCUAUACAACAGUAAACUUCCAUUCUUGCCAAUUAAUAUUUCAGGUUCAUAAAUUCUUUCAUGUUGAACCUCUUCACCCGACCAAAAGGGGAUUUUAACAACUCUCUUGACUGCCAGGAACCUCAUGAAGGGGACUUCUGUUCUAACAAUAAGUAGUGAUUCUAAAUCUUCUGGCUUUGGAAUCUAUGAUCCUGAGCCCCUCUGAUCUAAGAAUGCUAUUGUUCUGUCAAUGAUUAUAAAAGUCAUCUGGCUAGGAAUAUAAUAAUAUUUCUUUCCUUAGACUUUAGGAAAGAUAUAUUAGUGAUCUGAGACUGUUGUUCUAACAAGCUGUCAAUAAUUUCAAGUCUUCCGGUGUUAGAAUAAUCCUACAAACAUUACUGUCUAUUGGUUAAUGAUAACCAAAUUCUUAAGACCCCUCCUUGGUUCUACACCUAGGCCGUAAAAUUAACAUAUCUAUAACAUGAAGAAUCAGAUAAAUGCAUACAGAACUUCACAUAAAGAUACAUAGGUGCUGGCUCUACCACAAACUUGCUGUGAAGAAUCGUUUAGUUACUUAAUGAUCUCUUCCAAUUGAAAUUACUUUCACUUAGUGAACUUCUGCUUUGUGUUUUUUAUCAUCAUGAUAUUUUUAGUAACUUUUGUAAUUCUCUAUGUUAAACUGUUUCUUGUAUCUCAGGAGUAUUCUCACAGAAGAACCAAAAAGGAUCACCCUACAUAAUAGACUACUUAGCAUCGGCUAUAGUGACCAGUCUCUUACCAUAUAAAUUUAGAAUGGCUACACCCCUUAACCGUGGAGCUCUAGAAGAGCCAGAGAAUCUUUUCAUAGUGAAAGAAGAAGCACAUUUUUGGGAGCAAGAAUCGAGUUUACAACAUAAUCACAGCACAAGUGAAGUUUUCCGACAACAUUUCAGGCAACUCUGCUAUCAGGAAACCCCUGGGCCUCGUGAAGCUCUAAUUCGACUUCGUGAACUUUGCCAUCAGUGGCUUAGGCCAGAAAUGCAUACUAAAGAACAGAUUUUGGAGCUCUUGAUAUUGGAGCAAUUCUUAACUAUCCUGCCCAAAGACCUGCAGACCUGGGUGCAAGAUCAUCAUCCAGAGAAUGGAGAGGAGGCAGUAACUGUCCUGGAAGAUUUGGAAAGAGAAAUUGAUGAACCAGGAUACCAGGUCCCAGACCAUGUACAUAGACCAGAAAUGCUCUUGGAAGAAAUGGAACCAAUGGGAACAUCAAGAACAUCAACUGAGUCACUAAGUAUCCAUCUCAAUCCCAAGAAGACCCAGCUGAAAUGGAAAUCUUGGGAGCUCUAUCCAUUACAAGAGAAUGAUGAUGAAACCAGAAAUGAAGACAUGGGGUCAAUUCAGAAGCAAGAAAUUUCUGAAGACAUAGAAUCACUCGGGGAUAUAUAUGGCAGACUCAGUGGGCACAUUUCCUGGGAUCCUGUUUUCAGAGAAGCCUUUGAAACUGAGGGUAAAUUAGAAUGGCAACAGGGAAACCUUGUAGGGAAAAGACGACACAAAUGUGAUGAAUGUGGGAAAGGUUUCAGUCACAGCUCAGACCUUAGUAAACAUAAGAGAACCCAUACAGGGGAAAAGCCCUAUAAAUGUGAUGAGUGUGGAAAAGCCUUUAUUCAGCGCUCUCAUCUCAUUGGACAUCAGAGAGUCCACACUGGAGUGAAACCCUAUAAAUGUAAAGAAUGUGGGAAAGAUUUCAGUGGUCGAACAGGCCUUGUUCAACAUCAGAGAAUCCACACUGGAGAGAAACCCUAUGAGUGUGAUGAGUGUGGGAGACCAUUCCGUGUGAGUUCAGCGCUUAUUCGACAUCAGAGAAUUCAUACAAACAAGUUCUAUUGAUGAAAAUCAUAAAAACUUUAUAUGUCAAACUAGACACAGAAGAUCAAAACAAGACUGUCCUAUAUGGGAAAAGAUCACUAAUCACUGAAACAUUAUCUGGAAUAAGAGAAUCCAACUGAAUAUUUUUGUUUGUUUGAAUUUGUCAGACCAAUUUGGUGGGAGAAGAGAGGGAGAGAGGUAGAUGGAGAUUAGAGAAAAUGAUGAUUUUAAAAGGCCUUCAUUGUCCUUAAAUCUGUUUUAGAGAAAGUUGUUUACCUCAUGUUUUUGGAAUGAAUAGCUAUGGAGACUAAUACUCUUCCAUCAUUCAAGGUUCUCUCCCAAAUUCCUUCCAUUCUUGACUCCAAUGCUAAGUCAGUGUGUGACAUGUUCUGUGCCUCAGUUUCUCCUUCUUUAAAAUGUGGAAGUUGAUCUUAGCACUAUUCAUGGGCAUGUAGUAAGAAUAAACUCAUAAUCAAUGGAAUAUUUUAAUUCCUAUAAUACUAGUAGUUAUUACUGUUGUUAUUAUAUUUAAUUGUAUAGUUCUUAAGACUUUAUUCUAAUUAUAUUUUAUAACUAAAUGGAAUUGAACUUUUCAUGGAAAAGUUUUCUUUGGGCAUUGGGAAAUGGAGUCAAAAUUGAAAAAGAUAGCAGGCAAAAGUGGUCAGCUGUGUUGAGGGGUAGAGAAAGGCAGUAUUGAAUAUGAAGACUUUAAUGUGAGAAUGUGACAGGAAUAAAAGAAAUAUGAAUAAAAGAAUAUGAUGCAAAAUCAGUGCCAGGAGUCCAACAGAGCUGUGAGGGGUAAAAGAUGAAAUUAAAAUAGUUUGGUCUGGAUAUCAUUUUGAGGUUUCUUUUGUCAUCCUAAAAAUUCAAUUCAGCAAGCAUUUAUUAAGCAUUUAAUAUAUGAUAAGUGCUAGAUACAGGCUUAAAAACAAAUAUCUGUCUAAGAUUACAUUUUACUGAAUUAGGAUGGGAUAUAGCAACAUAAGAGGCUGAUUAUUAUAUGAUUAUGGUAUUGUUUCCUAUGAAAUGAUAGUCAUAUGCCUAGGAAAUUUAUCCAAGAUAAUGUUUACAAUGUCAUCUGGUCAUUGUGAAAUGUAUAUAUGGUUAUAUUAAGGUAGUUACUAAAUAACUAUUUACAUACAUGAGGAGGAGGGUGUAAUGGCAUAAAUAACUAAAAGCACCUGAUGCAAAACUUCUAUUUAAUUUUUACUUGCUUUUUCUUGGCAAUAACUUUACCAUUCCAAUCAGAAUUGUUUAUAGCUUAAAACUAUAAGAUGAGGUAUUCAAAGCCCAGAGUAUUUAAACUACAGGACACCUCCAACUACUUUGGAUUUCUGCUUCCUUGACUGAUCAUUUCAACUAUUUAAGAGCAUUGUGCAAAGUACUUGGGGAAAAAAUAAAGUUUAGAUUAGAUGUGAA